AUGUGCCUCUAUUGCGCUAUCGGUGAAAUUUUGAUGGCUCAAUGCGAUAGUUUGUUCUAUGCGGUGUACAAUCAAGAAUGGUACACUUUGGAAUCGAAUGAAGUCAAAGAUUUGAUUCCCAUAAUAAUUAAAAGCAGAAAACCAGUUUACCUUACCGCAGGAAAAAUAUUCCCCAUGACAAUGGCUACAUUUUGCAGUCUAAUAAAAUCGUCGGCUGGUUAUAUAUCUGUCUUACUUAGGAUGUCAGUUUAA